CAAGUUUCAUAACAAAUAUAAAUUUUCAAACUCUAUUUCUAUGUUACUGAUCGAUGGAGAUGACACACGCAAAAAAGGAAUAAACGGAAUCCAAAGAUAUGGCCAUGCAUUCAACAUUGAUCUGUCUUGUGAGAUUUUUUGUCAGUGUUACAUUGAUAUUAGAUGUGACAUGUGAAUGUUCAUUCGAUUCUAGUACAGACUGCAUGAACCAGGCCAUUAAGAAAGAUUGUUUCUGCAGUUGCUUGGAGGCAAAAUUAGAUGCAUAUUAUACUACACAAUUAAAAGUUCAAGCUAACUAUUUAUGUACGCAUUUUCUUAAAGAGUGUAAAGACAUUUGGACCCUUUCUUUUAGCUACACAGUUGUCAAUAUUUCAACUUUAAAUGAGGAACUGUAUACCAGUGAAAGAAUACUCGUGCCUCAUGAUCAGGAAAUUAUAACGGAGAUUAAAGAGUUAGAAAUAGCAGGAAAAUAUAGCAUUAAAAUUAAACCUUCUUGUACAAUUUGUGGCAGUGGUUGUAAAGUAAUACAUUUAUCAAGCAUCCAAAUAAAAAAAGGAAAGGUACCAAAGAAAUCAAAAGCUAAACAGUAUUUAACCGACUUUAUUUCUUUGCCUGUUUUAGUCACUUUUGUUUGCGUUUUGGUCAUCGGCAUUUUAUUAAUAAUAAUAUUGACUCAAAAAAACGAAAGACACUGGAAUCAAAUUCCUGUAUCGGAAAUACACAUAUAAAUUGUUGUCAUAAAUUGUGUUUAGGACACUGUUGAAAUGAAAAUGUGCAAUGGGACCGAUAAUGCGUUCACGAUUUUAUAUAUACAUGUAUAUAUAGCAAUGUAAUAUUACCAACUUCGUAUAGCAUGCUUUCAUAUUGAAAAUAUUGUAAAUAAUUUCAUUCGAUCAAAACAUCGUCCCUGCAAGUAUAAAUGAAAGCUGAACUGUGAUACGAAGUUAAAAACUAAUUAGAUUUACUAGAGAUGUACGUGAAGGAAAGAGGUAAAUCUUGAUGAUUUUAUAGCUAAAUUCACCGAGACAAUAAUACGAAUAAAAGUAAGAAUGGAAAUGGGGAAUAUGUCAAAGAGACAACAAACCGACCAAAGAGCAGACAACAGCCGAAGGUCACCAUUGGGUCUUCAACGCAGCGAGAAAAUCCACGUCCGGAGGUGGUCCUCAGCUGGCCCCUAAAUAAAAUUGUGUACUAGUUCAGUGUAAAUGGACGUCACACUAAACUCCAAAACAUAUGAAUGAACUAAAAUUAAAAAACAUACAAGACUAACCAAGGCCAGAGGCUCCUGAGUUCUGAUUGAGAAACAUGAUAGGUCUGUGGUGAAAUCAUAGUUAUUGUAUUCUAGAAACCUUAUUAAAAUGUAAUAGAUUAUUUUGAGGGAUUUUUAUGUGGUUUUAAGACAGUUUUUGGUUUUAAUUCAUACAUGUUAUUUGUAUUUCCGGCUUUCGCCUGAACUUGAAUUUACUUGUAGGUACUUUUCGGUUAUAUCUGCUCUACAAAAUUUUUAUUAGGUUUUGGAAUUUUGAAAAUUUUGGCUUCGCGCAUUACUGAAGAGACAUAUAUGUCGAAAUGUGCAUCUGGUACAGUAACUUUGAUACAUUUAAUGUUAUUGUAUACUAUCUCUUUCAAAAAUAAAAAAAACAAGACCUGUA